GCGCGAAACGUCAUUUUUCAUCGUCGGAGUAUUACAGUUUUGUAACUUGCAACCAUCGAUUACAACAGGCAAAUUAAUCAAAACAAAAGUGUCACUCAAAAUGUCUAUUUUACGCAUUUGCUGUACUACAGCUAGAUGUUUUGUAAACCGGGGAUUGUUUUUGGAGUCGACUAUAUUAGAAUGUCAAAGAGCAGCAGGAUAUGGAUCUGGUGAGGUGAACAAAGAUAAAGAACCUCUAAAGAAAGCGAAAACACCGCAAGGACGAUUUGACAUGGACGAAAAUGAGUCAAACUUUAAAGACGUUCUUGAAAGAUUUCCAGAUGAUGUGAAUCCAGAAACCAAAGAGAAAGGUGGUCCCAAAGGCCCAGAACCCACACGAUAUGGGGACUGGGAGAGGAAGGGUCGUUGUAUUGAUUUUUAGAUCACUGUAAAAAAUCCAAAGUUUUUCAUUUGAUCACUUAAAUGGACACCUGUUAAUCACUGUUUUGUAUAAACAAAAUAGAGAAA